AUGGAACACGCGGCCUUCCAGGCGUGGGUGCCCGCGCCGCGGAGGGCCACGGCCUUCCAGAUGGCCAAGGGCUACUUCGAUGACAUGGCUGAGCUCAACAAGUUCGGCCACGAGAUCAGCAAACCAAAGCUGCGUCCCGGCGGCGCAGACACGACGCCAGACUGCCAGAAGGAGGACCGGCUCCUCACGAAGCGGCAGCAGAGACUGGACAGAGACUUGGAGAACUUGCGCAAGCAGUUUGAGCCGAAGCUUAUCACUUCAGCGGAGAUCGAUGGCGAAGAUCCGUUCAAGGCCGCCAUCGUGGAGCCUCCAAACUUUUUCAAGGCCGGGGCCAACGUGGACAUCCUGAACCCGGAGAGGCCCAACUCCGAGCUCCUGGCGUGCCUGAAGGAGGAGGGUGGCAAGUUCGAGCUGUGCGAACAGAAGGAGCUCGGCGAGGAUGGCCAGGACUUCACCUGCGACGCCAAGCGCGCAGAGGACUUCCACUGGCGGGAGGGCGACACGGUCAAGUUCCUGGGCACCUGCAUUGAGCCGAAGCCGCUGAAGAAGGCGCUGCUCUCUGCCGAGACGCCCUACCUUCACUGCGUGUACCCCGAUGGCGAGGUGCCAGGGGAGACACCGCCUCAGGAGGGUGCCGAGGGCGCCGGUGGCGCACCUGCCGAGGGCUCCGCGGCCGAGGGCGCCCCUGCCGCUGAGCCGGCCGCUGGCAGUGUUCCCGGUGUGGCGGCAGGAGACAAGCUCCCAAAGUUUGCCAAGAAGUGGUGGGUCCUGGGCCCCUUUGCCUCCGGCAAAGUUGAGUAUGAGGCAGACCCCGUGGCCCGCCACGGUGGUGCUUGGCAGCUCUUCUCCCGAAAGGCGGGUGCUGGGCUGCUGGCCGAGCACGCGCGGGGAGGUCGCGUGUCAUGGAGAUCCACCGAUAUGGUGAGCAGUGACGGGUGGGGUCAGAUCCAGUUGCCUCACGACCAUGUCCCCUUCCAGCAGCUGUUACAGAGCCCUCCGUUGGGUUCCGGGACCGACGUGCUUCAUGUUCAGUACUGGGUCGUCGGGGUGUUGAAGGUGAAGACACCGGGGCGCUUCGGUGUGAGCUGCCGCGGGCUUCACACCUUCGAGCUGGUCGCGCCCGGGAACAAGGUGCUGGGACCAUUUGCGGGCAACAUAUACGGCAACACGCCCUUCACCGUGCCUUUUCACUUCGAGGCAACAGGGACCUACCACCUGCUCUCGCGGGUGCGCGGGAAGGUGCCCCUGCGAUUCGGCUGCCGUUUGGAGGCCCUGAAGGCGUUGAAGGGCAUCAUCCACGCCAAGAGCCUUCCCGACGUGGUGGAGGGGAAGCUGAUUGCCAGCCCUGCGCCCAUCGAUCUGCGGGUGCAGAAUGCAGGUGCCUCUUGGCUGGAUGUGAGGGCCGAGGUGUCGAGCUCGUCUUCAGUGACCGGCUCUUCUUCGUCCGUGCGCUUGGCACCAGGGGCCAUGGCGCAGGCUGCAACCAGGAACAAGCUUGGUGUCUGGCCGCCUCUAGCAGAGGUGCCCGUGCUUGUCACCGUGAAUGGGCCAGCGGUGGAGAAGGACGCGCCCGCCUGUCUACAGUUCAACCUUCGCCUGAUCGGCACCGGCGAAGAUCAGGUGGAGGAGGUCCGGUCUGUGCAGCUGCGCUGCCGCCGGUCGACGCAGUCUGCCAUCUUCUCGCUCCUGGAUGAACACUGUCCUGUUGUCAAUAUUGAAAGUUGGUUCCUGGAUGUGGACAACUCCAUUGCGCUGGCCGCCGUGCUGAGGCCAAGGAGGCCCACCAGAGAAGCCAGGCCGAUCCUGGUCUCCUUGUCUGGCGUCGGAGUAGAGCCACAAGCACAGGCCGAUGCUUACAAGAUGAAGCCUCCAAAGGGGGAGGAUUACAUCUUUGGGUACGAGGAGCUGUGGGUCCUUGCCCCGCAAAGAGACGGGCCGCACAACUGGGAGGAUGUUGGGCUGCGGGCUGCCCUGCGCGCCGUCGAGGUGCUGGCGGAAAGCCAGGGUGCAGACCCGAACCGCCUCAUUGUCCACGGCCACUCGCGAGGGGGCCACGGGGCAUGGGCUCUGGCCACGCGCGUUCCUGACCGAGUGCUAGGCGUAGCGUCGGCUUGCGGCUGGUACAGCCGCGAGGAGUACGGCGAUGCAAACAACCUUUGGGUCCACGAUCCGGCCUUGAUGCACAUGGACAAGCUACUGCUGGGCAUCCUCCACGCCAGUGUGGCGGAGAACGAGAACUCACUGCACGCAUCGAACUUGAAGGCUUUGCCUGCCCUGGUCCGGGUCGCGACACGCGAUCAGGCGGUGCCUCCUUGGUUCGGCCGCCGCAUGGCGCGGCAUUUGGAGGAGGAGGGCGCCAACGUCACCUUCCAGGAGUUCGAUCAGGAGCACUGGUGGUGGGACAGCCAGGAGCCGAAUGAUGGCGGCGUCAUGCACGACCCGGGCCUCCGCAAGUGGACACUGGAGGCAGCGCAUGCGCCGCCCGCAACACUGUCAGAUCUCCUGGCCCAGGGCGACUUUGUGCUGGCAGCUGGAGGGCCAGAGUACGAGGACAGCUGGGAGCUGGGAGCUGUGAGGUCCUCGGUAACGUUUGUUACAUCUUACGGCGCCCGGAAAGCUUACCUUUGUACUGUGGCCCUAACCACUGCCAACGUGCUGCGCUUUGCCGUGCGGAUGUCUGGCGGCUUGGGGCGGCUGCUGCAAAAGGUGGGGAGAGAGCUGGUGGUGGACGGCAGCCGCGUGAAGCUAGGCGAGGAGGAGCAGGUGGAAGUGUGCCGAAACGCGCCGUCAUCCACCGCCUGCGCUGCGGGUUGGGCGCCGGAGAGCCUUUGGGGCGUCUGCGACAAGGGGGUCGUAGUGAUUGCAGACGCCCCCUCGGAUCUCGAGGUGCGGCUGGCCUCCUACUUCGUGAAUGGCCACCUCACGGCCGUGGGCACGGCCACGCAGGUGCUGACGCAGACGGAGGACCUUUGGGCCCAGUUCUAG